GGUCCUGUUGCAGUAUUUGGACCGGAACAUUUAUGCUUCAUUAUCGAAGUUCGAAAGAGAUGUGCUGUACGACUGUGAGCUUGAAUGUCUCGUCUCAGUGAAUGUGUUUGUUGACAUCAGUGGUAGUUGCGGACUGGAGUGCUCUCACCCUCUUCGCGAAACCUGCAACUGAAAGCAUACCCUACCCAAGACGGUUCCGCGAGAGCUUGGGCUACUGCGCCCAACCAAGAUUAAUGCUGCUGAAUAGUCUAACUUAUCAGAUAACAUUUGACCCCAAGCAUGCUCAACAUGUGGAUGAGUAUUAUGGCCGGAGUAUCAAUGCCUUUCGACAGGCGCUCUCAGAUCUGGUGUGGUUCAAGGAAGACAUGACGCCGUAUGCAGAAAUACUGCUAUGUUCGAUUAGCGUAGGUGAAGUCUUUGUAGUUUGGGGGCAAAAUGUUGCUGAUGAUCAACAGAUGAACCGAGCUAUGCCAUUCAGCAUACAUCUGAACGGCAUCGCCAGCAUAUUUCACCAAAGACACGUGCUUCAGUCUCCUACUGAUGAGUCAAGAGAACUAACUGGACUGAUAGGCGUGCUGGACCUUUUUAUGCAUACCCUCGGCCGCCGGAACAAGAAUUUACACAUGUGGCACAAGCACUGCAUGAGUCAGAGUGGCGUCGAAGAGGUGAUGGGACUUCCCUGCAGUCUGAUCAAAUUACUUGCCUCACCACUUGAUGACGAUAUCGAAGAGCGGCUGCUGCAGUGGCCGGGCGAACUAAGCGAACCCGUAAUGUGCAAGAUCUGGGAGGCUACGCAGUACGCUGGGCUACCAGAGACCUUUGUUCGGACCAGGGUUUGUCUAUCAGCACAGAUGCGCAGUCGGCUGCCUCUACCGUACGACAUGUGCUGGCCGUGCUCCAGGACCUGCGGCUAAGAAUGGAUGUUAGCAUAUUCGCAUCCACUGAAACUUUGUUCAUUCCCUUAGUCGCUGCUGGAUCCCAGCCAACAGUGUUGACAACGGAGAAUCGCACGUUCGUCAGGGAGUACAUUGUUGCAUUUGUAGACAAUUCGCUUGGCAGCUAUCCAUACUAUGAGGCUGUGGUACGCGUUCCGAAGACUUUUUGGGCAGGCGACGGGAGCAAGUCCUUGGACAACGUCACCAGAGAGAUAGGCUUCGAAUUUGGACUUUUUUGAAGAUUUGCCAUUGAUGAUAACGCCGUCGUAUCGUCACAACAAGUAUCGAUGCUAUCU